AUGAAAGUUUGGGCUCUGUCUUUCUUCGUUUUAAUUUUGUCUUGUUUCUUGAAAGUAGAAUCGAAUUCUUCGAUAUACAAUGUCAUUGAUUAUGGUGCACGUGGAGAUGGACAUAUCGACGAUACUAAGGCUUUCACGAAAGCAUGGGAAGCAGCAUGCUCUUCUUCGUCUUCUUCUUCGCCAACCAUGCAUGUCCCUUCGGAAAUGACGUUCAUGAUUCAACCCUUGUACUUUAGAGGAGAGUGUGAUCCAAAACAAAUCAAUGUUGAGAUAAAUGGGAAUAUUGUUGGACCUAAAGAUCCCUCAGAUUGGACAUGCUAUGACGGUUGUCGUGAAUGGAUCCAUUUUGAACAUGUCGAUGGGCUUAGGGUUUAUGGGAGUGGUACAAUCAAUGGGCAGGGACAGAAAUG